AUGUCUAAGAGAGCCGCCGAUGCUGCGGACGACCAGUCUGCUGCGCUCAAGGCCGGCGAGCGCCCAAUUGCAGAAGACCCUCCCGACGAGGUGGGGGAGUUUGAAGAUGAAUUCGAGGAUGAAUUCGAGAGCGAGGAUGAAAUUCUAGAGGCAGGAGUCGACGGCCGACCAGAUGCCGAGCGUGAAGAAGAGGAAAGGGAGGCCGAAGCCAUGGAUGUUGACAAGCAGACCUUCAUUCCUGGACGGACAAAAUUGGCACCGGGAGAGACGCUCUCGCCAGAUCCCUCCACAUAUGAUAUGCUGCAUACCCUUAGCACACCGUGGCCAUGCUUGUCCUUCGAUAUUGUGCGCGACUCUCUCGGCGACAAUCGCAAGACUUACCCCGCCACGGUCUACGCCGUUGCGGGCACCCAGGCUGAGGGAUCUAGGGCCAAAGACAAUGAGCUCAUGGUGCUCAAGAUGAGCGGGCUUAGCAAGAUGGAGAAGGAAGGAGAGGAAUCAGAAAAUGAGUCGGACUCGGAUGACGAUAUGGGCGAGCCAAUCCUCGAGCACAAGUCCAUCCCACUGGGCUCGACGACGAACCGCAUUCGCUCCCAUCAGACUCCCACACAAUCCGCAGACUACAACAAGCCCCCGCAGACCCUCACCGCUACCAUGCUCGAAAAUUCUCAAGUUCUCAUCCACGAUGUUACCUCCCACCUUUCUAGCUUCGACGUGCCCGGCACCGUUCUCCCUCCCUCCGCCUCCAAACCUCUCUCGACUCUCCGUAUGCACAAGGCCGAGGGCUAUGCGUUGGAUUGGUCUCCGCUGCAGCCUUUGGGCAAGCUCUUGACUGGUGAUAAUGACGGAUUGAUCUACGUUACCUCUCGCACCGAAGGCGGCGGCUGGGUGACGGACAACCGUCCGUUCACGGGACAUUCCUCGUCGGUGGAGGAGCUCCAAUGGUCCCCCAACGAGCGAAAUGUGUUCGCCUCGGCAAGCAGCGACGGCAGCGUCAAGGUGUGGGAUGUGCGAUCCAAGUCGCGCAAGCCCGCCGUGGACGUGCCGGUCUCCAAGACGGACGUCAACGUCAUGAGCUGGUCUAAGCAGACCUCCCACCUCCUCGCGACUGGCGCCGACGAUGGAAAGUGGGCCGUGUGGGACCUGCGACACUGGAAGCCGAAUGCUGCGGCUCCCUCAUCCCAGAUUAGCGCGUCGCCUGUUGCCUCGUUUGAUUUCCACAAGGAGCCCGUCACGAGUAUCGAAUGGCACCCGACAGAUGACAGUGUGGUGGCUGUCGGCUCUGCAGACAAUACCGUCACAUUGUGGGAUCUGGCUGUUGAGCUGGACGACGAGGAGAGCCGGCAGGCCGGCAUGGCCGAGAUUCCGCCUCAGCUGCUCUUCGUGCAUUACAUGGAGUCUGUCAAGGAAGUGCAUUGGCAGGCCCAGAUGCCGGGCACGCUAAUGGCCACCGGCGGCAACGGAUUUAGUGUCUUCAAGACCAUCAGUGUCUAA